AUGUCUCUCACAAUCAUUGUUGGAAUGUCCACGAUCUUCGGCAUCUCGGAAGCAAUCAAGCAAACCCAAUCCAAAGGUCGAAGAGACGAACAUCGGAGUAGGAAAUGUCACCUCCUAGUCCACUGCUCCAAGUCCUCCCAAUACAGCUCCAUUCUCGAAGGGAGAAGAAUCGUCUUGUCGGGUGAUAAGCUGUAUAUCGACACUGGGACUGAUCUAGAUGUUCCAUUUGGUCAUCCAUUUUCGGGAUACUUUCACCCCUACCCAGAAGCGAAGUACUCGGGCCUCAUAUCAUCUAUCUGUGACGACCCUCCAAUCAUGAAUUGGAUAUAUGUUGACAGAGACACAUUGGAAGUCAAGUUCGGCACCAGACCAUAUGCCGAGCACAACCAUAAUGGCCCAUUUGAUUGCACCAGGCAAGAUCGAAGACUGACAUUUGGAGGCUGGGAAGGGUGGUUGGCUGUCAAGGAAGGUGAAUUUUGGGCAUUGUAUUUUGAUAGGGACAAUGAUAGGUUGGCAUCCAGCGUGAAGGCAGGGACACCAGUGCUAGAAAUCGAGUUGUGGCGGAGGGAGAUUCGA